AUGGAUAACGGAUUCGCCCUCGCGCACAGGAUCCAUCCGGAUCAGCAUUUACAGUACAAACCGAAGCGGUCGACAUUAGAUGCCGGUGCCGCGAUGAGAGGCACGUCCCGGGGCACGAAUCUGACCAACCAGUUUUCUGGAAAGUUUAACGAGAAGGAGCUGAUGCACGGCCUGAACGAUCGUCUUGCGGGGUUCAUAGAGAGGGUGCAUCACCUGCAGCACCACAAUCAUCUGCUUGAGAGGGAGAUCGAGGAGAUCAGGGGGAAAGCCGAGCCCGCGUCCUGCUUGGAGGAGGAGCACGGACCCGAGCUCAGGAAGCUGAGGCAGCUGGUGCAGGACAUCACUCAUCAGAAGCAUCGGCUUGAAAUCGAGCGUGAGAAUUUAGAGGACGAGCUGUCCAGCCUGAGGAGACAGCACGAGAGGGAGGCGCGGAGCAGAUCCGACGCCGAGAGCAACGUCGUGGUCCUGCGGAAGCACAUCAGCGACGCGGGUCAGGCGAAGCUAGAGCUGGACAAGAAAGCACAGGCUCUCGUGGACGAAAUCCACUUCCUGAAGACAAACCAUGAGGCCGAGGUGGCGGAGAUGUUCGAGCAAAUCCAGGCUGCGCGGGUGACCGUCAAGGCGCAUGAAUUUGGCAACCCCGGCGUCACUGCGGCACUACGGGACAUCAGGGCGCAACUGGAAGGUCACACCGUGUCCGACUUCCAGCAAGUGGGGGAAACUUUCCGAUCUCAGUUUGCAAGACUAACGGAGGCAGCCGAGACCAAGCGGGAGGCGUUAAAGGCGACCCAGCAGGAGAUCCAGGAGCACAGGAGGCGCCUGCAGGCCAAGAACAUCGAACUGGACUGCGCCAGAGGCACCAGGGAAGCGCUGGAGCAGCAGCUUCAUGACGUCGAGGACCGCCACAAGGAGGAAAUGAUUCAUUACCAGAACACCAUCAAAGACCUUGAAAAUGAGCUCAUCAAUUGCAAAUUCGACAUGUCUGGUUACCUGCGGGAAUACCAGGACCUGUUAAACGUGAAGAUGGCUUUGGAUGUGGAGAUCCUGUCUUACAGGAAGCUUCUCUGCGGUGAGGAGGCUCGACUCUCCACCAUGUCAGACACCCACAUCUCCUUGCCCUACAUCUACCACCAGUCCCCCGUUUACACCCUGCCUUGCCUCAGCCGCCCGGGAGGCCCGCACAGACGAGCUGAGCCCCAGUACAAGUUUGUCGAGGAGAUCAUCACGGAGACCACCAGGGAAAUUGAGAUGUCAGAGUUUGAGGAGACAGGAUCGGAGGAGACAGAGGUGGGAAAAGAUGAGCAGGAGUGUGCCAAAAGAGACAGGGGGGGCAGCGAGGAAGAGAAGGAUAACAAAGACGGUCGAGAGGAAGAUGGUGAGCAGGCGUCUGAUAGUGAGCAGAAUCAAGUAGCGUCCGUGGGAAACCCAGUGAAUGGAGGGGAUGAUGGGAGUCCUGCUGAGGUGGAUGAUGGUGAAAAAGGUCAGAAAAGUAAAGAAGAGUCAGAGGAAACUGAAGCAGCUGAGGGUGAAGGAAGUGGCAGAGAUAAAAAUACUCAAAGCAAAGUUUUAAGUGAGAGCGCUGAUGAGGGAGGAAAUGAGCAACAUCAAAAGGUGGCCGGAAACACAAAAGAAGAGAAAGAAGCUGCAGUGACGACGGUAACAGAUCAGAAAGAUCUCUCUUCAGAAGCAAACGAUUUAAAGCCAGACGUCCGUGCAGAGGAGGAGCUCCUGAAGAAAUCUGACAACGGUGGAAAAGGAGAUGCUGAGAACGAUGGCUCGAAGGAGUCUGUUGACGAGACCUCGGCCAAAGCGUCCAAAGAAUCUGACAGAACUCAGACAGAAGUGCAAGAUGAGGUUCACGCUCCGGCUUCAGAAACAGCUGAGAAAACCAGCGGUUUUCCAGCAGAGACAAAGAGCGCUCUGUUCGGAGAGACAGAGAAGCUUUCAGAAAAGGCUCAAGUGCCAUCAAGGUCAGCAGCCAAGAGCGAGGAAAAGGAAAACAGUCGUACAAAAGAAAUCAGUGAAUCCAAAGCAGCAAAAGGUGGGGAUGAAGUAGCAAAAAGCAUUCAAGAUGCUAAACACGAUAGCAAUAAAGGCCGAGAUAAAGAGCCAUCUCUUAAAUCUGAGGCGGAAAGUCGUCCUGAAGCGGAGGAUCAGAAGAUAAACGGUGGUGAUAAAACCCAGACGGUCCGAGCUGAGGUGCCAGUGGAGAAGCCUGCUGCCAAAGCAGAAAUCAAAGGGUUUCAUCAGGGGGCGCCAGAGAGCAGCCAGGUCCAGAAAUCAAAGCUGUCUGAAGUUUCAGAGAAAAUAAAUGAUCCUCAAGGUAAAACUGUCACGGUGGAGAGCAGCAAGCCAGAGAAAGGGGAGGAAAAUGCUCUAAAAAGCCAAACAGAGAGAAGCGUCUGA